UUAUUUGCAGAAGCACACAGUCGCUACAAACGUAGCUUUAAAAGUAAAAACAAGAAAUCAAACACGAACGUAAUAGUCAGUCGUGACGACAUCAAAAGAGAAGUUCAGCUGGCCAUUAGUAGCCUGGCCUGCAAGGUUAACUGCCCGAGAGGAAUUAGGGGAAGACGAGGAAAGACUGGUCCUCGGGGAAAGCAGGGUCCACCUGGUCCUCAAGGACCCCAGGGACGUAAAGGAAACAGAGGUGCUCAAGGAGAUCAGGGACCACCUGGAUCUAAAGGCGAUCAGGGCCCUCAAGGACCAAAGGGCGAUCCUGGUGAAUCCGUCUCUGCUCCUUCUAUUGUGUCACCUCCGAUGUCCAUGGUGGUAAACGAAACUGAUAUAGCCUUGUUGCAGUGUGAGGUUAAAGGAAAUCCAACACCCCAGGUCACAUGGCUGAAACAAAAUUCCAGCAUCUCUUUGGAAAAACGUAUUGUAAAAUCAGGUAGUCGACUGAUGAUUCGAGAUGUGACGUCACAGGACAGAGGGGUGUACACGUGUAGGGCGAGAAACAUUCUUGGAGUCAUGAUCUCAUCGGCCACAUUAACUGUUCAAGGUAAUUUACUUCCCAAUAUCAACGUGCCAGUAGUCUUAAUUCGCAACAUCUAAACAUCUAAAUACUGUUUAAUACAGCUCUAGCAAAAGUGCAUCGAUCGAUCUCUUGGAUAUACACUGGUUAGGAUGUUUACAUGCCUAAACCUUUUGUGUCCCAUUCAACUAUCAACCCAGAGGUUGUCCAUAGUCAUAUGAAAAAAUUUAAUCAUGGAAACAAUGCAAAUUGACCUGUUUGGCUUCAACAUUUCAAUUCCUUGUAUAAAAUCGAUCGAUGCUGGCACGCCGACGUCACCCAUUGAUAUUAUUCUGCCAACCAGAAGCGUAUUUAAUGGUUCUUGAAAUCAAAUAUUUAUCUUUCACUCGUUAAAAAUUCGAAUAACAAACACAACUUCUGUCACAGUGAUGGCUCCGAUUAUCUUUGAAUAGGACACCGCUGUACAUAAAAUUAUCUUAAGAAGUUGGUGUUGCAGUUAAGCAGAAGAAAAUUACUAGACAAGAUUCUCCUUACUUGACAUAUGACAGUAAUUAACUGUAUUCAACAUGGAAAGGCCUGGAGUCGUUAUCGGAAUCGUGAAAGCGCCGCCUAUGACCUAGUGUAGAUCAAAUAUCUUGUAUUCGCAAGGGGAGUCAAAAGCUCGACGGGGUCGGAGGCCGUCGGAAGAAUCGGAACGUCUCUAGUCUCUUCCGACUCCGGCUUAUCCCUUCACCGCUUAUAAUCUGGUAAAAACCAGUUUGUGGGAGUUGCAAAUAGAAGCGGAAGAGUACAGAAAUCAUUUGCUCCCCACGUUUUGUGAUAGGCUUGCUUCUUCUGCGUCUGGUCGCCACUUCGACAAUUUGAUUUUCAACAGAUCGUCAUUAUCGGAGUCGUAAAUCAGUACACUGUGUACGUUUGAUUGAGACUUUGACACCGACUCGAUCAGCUAUUGAAAAUCUGAACCCUCAGACUUCAGAGGGGCAACGGCCUUACAAAAAGCCUUACGCUGGUUUCGUUAAACUGCACGGAGUAAUUUUUGUUGACAAAUAUGAAAUUAAUGUUGCAAGGUUAACUUACAGAAAACUCCUCAUGGGUGCUCAAAGUAAUUGGGUGAUAUGUUCUUUCGUGUUUCUUAAUUGCAGUUGCUGCCUUGAUCACACAAAAGCCCUCCUCUGUUAUCGUUGAAGAAGGAGAAAACGUGACCCUAGUGUGCAAAGCUUCUGGUCAACCGAUGCCAACGGUGACGUGGCGAAGAGCAUUUGGUCACUUGCCAAGAGGAAAGACUACAGUGAUCGAUGGGAAUAUGAGCAUAGAAAGUGUAACAAAGGCAGAUGGUGGGACAUACGCAUGCGCAGCAAAAAAUUUCCUUGGAGAAGACGCUGCUGUCGCCCUAGUAGCUGUGAUUGACAGGCUUACAUUUACUCUGACACCUCCCAUAAAGUUCGUAGCCUCUGAACUAAGUAACCUGAUGCUCAAUUGCCAGGCUCAGGGAUCCACUGAGAAUUCUUGGAAAAGAACCAACAAAAAUCUUCCUCAAAAGCACAUUGUCUUUCCAAACGGAACUUUAUUUCUCAGGAACGUGUCAACAAAAGAUGCCGGAACUUACACAUGUGUAGCUAAAAAUUAUCAACGAACAAUUAAGGCAUCGUCUAUUGUUGAAGUGCAAAAGGAAACGUCUUGUAGCGGCAUUAAAUCAGGUCGCAGUGGAAGUUCAUCAGGUAAUUAUAUUAUUGACCCUGAUGGCAAAGGAGGCGUGGCGCCGUUCAGUGUGUAUUGUGAUAUGAGUGACAAGGGAGGAGUUGGCGUGACAGUCAUCAGUCACGAUAGCGAGAGUAGAACCUAUGUUGGUAACAUUCCCGGAUGUAAUUGGGAUAACCCUGGUUGUUACAGUAAAGAUGUGACUUAUACUGGAGUCAGCACCGCUCAGUUGGCAGCACUCACUCGAGUCUCACAAAACUGUGAACAGUUUAUCAAGUUUGAGUGUAGCAGUGAUGUAUCCUUUGUACAGGAGUCAGUUGCCUGGUGGGUGUCACGCGAUGGAAGGAAAAUGAACUACUGGGGAGGAGCUGGUGGAUCACCCAACAUGUGCGCAUGCGGAGUCACAAACUCUUGCUCCAAUGGUCAAAAGUGUAAUUGUCACGAGCAAAACAGGGGCUGGAAAGAAGACAGCGGUCUGCUGCUUGACAAGUCUGCUCUUCCUGUGUCACAAAUCAGACUGGCAGACUUUGAUAACUCAAUUGAAGAAGGAUAUCAUACGCUAGGAAAACUCAAGUGUUAUGGCCAGGCAUGA